GUUACAAGCCUGAGCAAAUAACGCGCUUGUGUCGUGAAUUGCUCUGGCCUUUUCAGCACUGCUAUGACCCGUUCCAUCCAACUUCCCGACGAGAUCAUCUCCGAGAUAAUAACGCCUGCUCUGCAUCUCGACGACGGUGCAUUCUCGUCAAUGGAGAGAUAUUCGCCUUUCCGGUUCGAAGAGUCGAGUUCGGCGUAUUUGCUCGUCUGCAAGAGCUGGCUUCGGGUGGCGACACCGCUGCUAUACCACACCGUGGUUCUCAGGUCCAUUGCGCAGGCUCAGUCCCUGGCCAUCACGCUCACGUCGAAUCCGGAUUUGGGUCGUUUCAUCAAGAAGUUGCGAGUCGAGGGCGGAUUCGGUUCGUGGAUGAAGACAGUGCUGGAGAACUCGAAGCAUCUCACCGAUAUAUGGCUUAUCAUCUGCUGCUUGGAAGAUUGCGAGGAUGUAUCAGGGCUUCGUUGCGGGUUGCGAUACAUCAACCCUGUCCGUCUUAUCCUUUUUCACUGCUCCCGAGCAUAUCACGGGGAUACCGCCACCCAUGUAUCACUCUUGGGGAGCUUCAAAACAGCACUCAAAGGCUGGAAGAGACUUAACAUUCUUACCCUCGAUCACGAUGCAAUCAAACCUCACAGGCAGCGGUCGACUGAUGACGAAGAAAUUUUCCAGCAGCUUUGCUCCGUAUCGUCUCUUCAUUCGGUGUAUAUUUUUCUAUCUGGGUCGCAGGUCGUUAUGAGCCCGCGGCUGAUUCUCCUUGGUCGCAAUCAAAGCCUCAGGAGAAUCCGCUUCAUCAGGCCUUCGCAUCAUCAGCAUUUCCCGUUGACGCGAUCCUUCUAUGCGAAGAUAGAGACACAAGGCAUGAACCACUUGUUCGACCCUGAAGACUUUGUUCAGGCGACCGAGCUCCAUUCUGGGAAUCCUAUGUUUGUGUAUCCAACACGACUCUCAUCCGAUCCUAUCCUGGAAGAUGCCAUCUGGGACAGAGUGCUUUAUUUUCUCUACGACAUGCUACCAUUUGCCACAGCACUGAGUGAACCGCGGCGGAAGGAGAAGCGAUAUCUGAACCCGCUUUUGGUCUGUAAAAAAUUCGCGCGUCUGUCCCUUCCUCAUCUGUUCUCCCGCCCGUCGCUUCGCAGCAAGUCCAUGACCGCGCAGUUUUUGGCGGGUCUUGCGGCGCACCCUUCUUGUGGCCAGCACAUUGUCGAUUUCACCCUUAGCGAUCCGAGCCACGCUCCCUCCUUCAAGAAGCUCUUAUCAAUGAUGCCCAAUCUCAUCUCUCUGAAAGGACACGACAGCGGCUGCAAAUCGGUCCCGUUUCCUGGUUUCACGAGCCUCGUCCAGUCGCACGGUGCCACGCUUAUCGCAUUCCAAGGAAUGCCUGUAGGAAAAGCCAGCGCUCCUGCGGACCCAAAGAUCUUUGCAUCCUGGAAACUACUGCAAUCCUUGGACUGGCGCUCUCAGACAGUUUUCAGGUCGCCCAAAGUCCCGAGUAACGGACUGGCGAACCUGGUUGAAUUAAGUGUGAGCGCUGAAACGCCCACCUUCCUAAAAGCCUUGUGCGCCAUGGAGUUGCCUGCACUGCGCAUUCUACGGUGUAGUGCGGGGACACCACCCGGAAAUGGCCUCGAGUUUAUCGACAAACAUGGCUCCAAGCUCGAGUAUCUCGCGGCCUCGAUCAAUCAGCUGUCGGUACACGUCUUGCGUAUCUUUACUGCUUGUCCGGCCAUUCGCCAGCUCGGCGUCUCCUGCGACGGCAAGAACCACUUCUGGCUCGAUUGGUUUCUCAAAUCCAAGGGCCACAAAUAUCUUCAAAGGCUCGUCAUCCAUCUACCAGAUGACUACGAGUACGCCUCGCGGUCUCUCCGUUGCGUAGCAGGUCCUGAUGCACUUUGUGCAGCAUGAAACAUUACGAAUACUCCUCCCUGAAAGUGGAUAUCCUAAUCGGAUUGGCCCAGUCUAAACGCAGUGGUCUCUUCCCUGAAUUACAAGAGUUCGAACAUCCUCACAUCUUUUGGCCUGCCAACGAAGAUGAGCGUGCGAGAUUCCGAAGAGACUGGACCAGUAUUGCUGGGUCACUUUCCAAAGAUGACAUUCACCUCGUCGGGACCGCCAGAAUUAGAUGGAGACCGAGGAGAGCGUUUGAUUGGAAUGUUUCCGACCCGUCGAUUGGCCCAAAAAGAAAGAAGAAAGCCUAGCCGUCAUCUAUCCAUACUAUACCUGCUUGACUUCUAAAUUGCUUGCCGCUGAUUUAUGGAAUACAAAGAUAUCGCGUUCUCGAUAAGUAGCAGACGAGGUCUGAUCAUCACCAGUAACCGUCACCGUCUUGACACAUU